CAAAUCAAAAUGUUCAAGAUCCUGCUUAUCUGCGCUCUUGCCGCCCUUGUGGCCGCCAACGCCAACGUGGAGGUUAAGGAGCUGGUCAACGAUGUCCAGGCCGAUGGUUUCGUUAGCAAGUUGGUCCUCGACGACGGAUCUGCCUCCUCUGCCUCCGGAGAUAUCCACGGUAACAUCGAUGGCGUCUUCGAGUGGAUCUCCCCUGAGGGUGUCCAUGUGCGAGUGAGCUACAAGGCCGACGAGAACGGAUACCAGCCCCAGAGUGAUCUGCUGCCCACUCCUCCUCCGAUCCCAGCUGCCAUCCUGAAGGCUAUCGCCUACAUCCAGGCUAACCCCAGCAAGAACUAA